AUGGGCAUUAGAUUUUGUAUUGAAAUCGAUAAAGUUAAUUUAAUACUUAAGGAUGAUAGAAACGGGCUAAAAAAGAAUUUGGAAGAGAUAAUAAACGAACUUAUGAUUCAAUAUGACAGA